AUGAUUGAGUCUCAUAUAACAAAACUAAAAAAAUUAUGUCGAAUAUGCGGAGAAAAACUUGGAAAUCGUAGUGUUCUUUUAACAAAGCAUGUAGUUAGAAUAGAAUUGAAUUUUUUUAUACGAAUCGACGAGGAUGACCCAAAGAUGCACCCACAGAAGAUGUGUUACAGAUGCUUUACAAUAAUGAGAAACAUAGAAAAAGGUUCAAAUACUGAUCUUAAAUUAAGAACUUGGAUUAGCAAUUGCCAGAAAGAUGAAUGUAUUUGUUUCAAAGUAAAUAAAGGAAGGAAACCAAAGAAAACUGUAAAAGGAAGGCCCUUAAGUAUUGUAAAUGAAGAAAUUUGGACUCGACAAGCAAUAAAUAACAUACAAGCUAAACUUUCAUCUCUACCAAAUUUAAAUCUGAAACUACAAGACAUUAACCAAAAAUUAAACCCACAUGUACAUCUUUGUGCCUGUUAUAUUUGUAAUGGUAUUAUGUAUAAACCAGUUAUUUUAAAAAAGUGUCUGCAUUUGUUUUGUGCACCAUGUAUAUUACCACUAAUCAAUGGUAAACUAUUAUUUAAAACAAAAUGCCCUAAAUGCUCCUUUUCAAUUUCAAUUGAUGGAAUAACCUCCUCUAGCAAUGUUAUUGAAAUGAUAAAUAAUAUUCAAGAAGAAUGUAAGCAACAUUGCGGUAGAUUAUUUAAAGUGUCACAACAAUCAGAACGCUUCAACCAUCAAAAUAAUUGUCAGACUCCAAUAUCAAUUUCCACAACCUUGUCAACACCCUCAUCACAAACAACUCUAACAGAUAUAUUUGAGCUAAAAAAUAAAAGCUAA